GUAACUUGACUACCUGAGUUAAAGGUUCUUACUUUUGAUACUGUAGUUUAUAUCCACUGGUCAGUUCAAUUGGAGAUCAACAAUGUAUCAAACUUUGGCUAUGUGAUUACAAUUAGUUGAUUACUGUUCUCACCUUUCUCAUUUGUUUUACAACAACAAAAGUUUUGGUCAUUUGCUGGUCACCAACUUGUUGCUUUUUGUUGCUUUUGUUUUGUUUUGUUUAUAUUGAUUGUUGAUCUGAACUUUGGCUUUUUGGUCAAUCUUGUUAAUCUCCUUCUCUCUCUCUCUCUCUUCCUGAUCACUUAACUGGAUUAAUUACCAUUAUUAUCAUUCCUUUAAUUGUUCCCAUUGACCCAAUCAAUGUAUUCAAAUCGAUUGUGUUUCUAUUUGAUCAUCAAUUUAAUCACAAUUUAUAUUACAAAUGUUGAAGCAUCAACAUCAAGGAUCGUUAAUCAAAGCUCAGGAAAGUCUGAAGUUCAAAUAAAAUGCUCGGAAAGCUUAAUGGAGGUAACUGUUGAUGUGACCAAGGAAGGUCCAAAUGUGGUCAUUUACCUGGACAAGCUUAAAGGUUAUCCAGGUUGUCAUCCCGAAUUAGUUAACAAUAAAACUGUUUUCCGGCUUCCAUUGGAUGAUAACUUUUAUACCUGUGGAACUACUAGAAUACAAAAUAAACUAAAGGAUGUUCGUAUAUUUUACAAUCGAGUUAUAAUCGAGAAAGCCGAUAAAACGGCGGAGGUCAUUAUUCCAAAAUGUGUUGUUCGUAGCGAUUCGGCUUACCGGUUACCUAGAGCUCGACGACAGUCCGGUAACGAUUGGGAAUUACCCGAAAAUUUUACAGAAUCAGUAGAAGAAUUGAUUGAUUACAGUGGUAAUAUCACCGAACAUGCACCAAUACCUUAUCUUAAUAUUGGAGUUCGGCAGAAUGGAAAGUUCGUUGAUACCUUGAAUGUCCACCCAGGAACUCCCCUGGAAAUGGUCAUCUAUUUGGACGAUACCAGUGCUCCAGUUUACGGCCUAUUGGCGAGAUAUCUCAAAGUCACCGACAACACUCAGAGAAAACAAGAAGAGACCAUCAUAUUAGAAGGAUGUUCAAUUGAUCCUUAUAUUUUCUCGAACUUCGAAUCCGGUGAUGGUGGGGAUUCGAUCGUUGCCAAAUUUCGAGCAUUCAAGUUCCCUGAAUCAAAUUAUGUCCUUUUCGUUGGAACUGUGAAUGUUUGUCUUAAAGAGUGUCAAGGAGUGAUUUGUGGAAACAAUCAGCUUGGAUAUGGUCGUCGUCGAAGAUCAAUAAUUAACAACAGCCAAGAUCCAAAUAGGAUAUUCGAGAUUGAAAUGACCGCUUUUCUCAAAGUUGACUCUCUAGAGAUGGACAAUGGAUCGGUAUUGAAAGGCUCAGCAAGAUUUGGCCAAGAUGGAGAUGAUAAGAUGCUAAGUCGCCGAGUUGACAAUAGACAUGAAUCAAUAUUAAGCGAUAACAAGUUCGAAUCUCGUUCUUUGCCUUUACUCGAACCUCUGAAAACAGAUCGACGAACAGAAUCAACCAACAGUCGCCUACAAACUUCAUCAGGAACACAAUUAACAAACCCAUUGACCACAAUACUUAAAACACUAACUCUCAACUAUCUCGCUCUAAACUUAUUGUAUAUAAUCAGCCUAAGGCUGUAAUUAACUGAUAAUAUAUUUUUUGUACGUAAAUAAUAA